GCGCCAGGGGCGGCGGGGAUACCGGGCUGCGGCGCCGCCUGCUCCCGCCUGCAGUCGCCAGCGCCAUGGGCUCCUGAGAAGGCCUAGGUUCAGUUCCCAGCACCCCCACGGUGGCCUACAACCAUCUGUAACUCUACUUCCAGGGGAUCCGACACCAUCUUGUGGCCUCCAAGGAUGCCAGGCCAGCCCAUCAUUCAUUCCAAGGCAUUCUCUCAGGGAGCGUGCUGCUGCUGGGAACCAUGACAGUGAGGGGGGCUGCGCUGGCCCCCGACCCAGCAGCACCCACCACCGCAGCAGCCUCACCUAGCGUCUCUGCCACCCCCGAGGGCAGUCCCACAGCCAUGGAGCAGCCUAUGUUCCUGAUGACCCCCGCCGCCCAGGCCAUCUCCGGCUUCUUUGUGUGGACAGCUCUCCUCAUCACCUGCCACCAGAUCUACAUGCACCUGCGCUGCUACAGCCGCCCCAACGAGCAGCGCCACAUUGUACGAAUCCUCUUCAUCGUGCCCAUCUAUGCCUUCGACUCCUGGCUCAGCCUUCUCUUCUUCACCAACGACCAGUACUAUGUGUACUUCAGCACCAUCCGUGACUGCUAUGAGGCCUUUGUCAUCUACAACUUCCUGAGCCUGUGCUAUGAGUACCUUGGGGGAGAGAGCGCCAUCAUGUCUGAGAUCAGAGGAAAGGCCAUCGAGUCGAGCUGUAUGUACGGCACAUGCUGCCUCUGGGGAAAGACCUACUCCAUCGGGUUCCUGCGGUUCUGCAAACAGGCCACCCUACAGUUCUGUGUGGUGAAGCCACUCAUGGCCGUCAGCACCGUUAUUCUCCAGGCCUUCGGCAAGUACCGGGACGGGGACUUUGAUGUCACCAGUGGGUACCUCUAUGUGACCAUCAUCUACAACAUCUCAGUCAGCCUGGCCCUCUACGCCCUCUUCCUCUUCUACUUCGCCACGCGGGAGCUGCUCAGCCCCUACAGCCCUGUCCUCAAGUUCUUCAUGGUCAAGUCCGUCAUUUUUCUCUCCUUCUGGCAAGGCAUGCUUCUGGCCAUCUUAGAGAAGUGUGGGGCCAUCCCCAAGAUCAACUCAGCCCGCGUGUCAGUGGGUGAGGGCACUGUGGCUGCUGGCUACCAGGACUUCAUCAUCUGUGUUGAGAUGUUCUUCGCAGCCUUGGCCCUGCGGCAUGCCUUCACCUACAAGGUCUACGCUGACAAGAGCCUGGACACUCAAGUGCUGACGUACGGCCCAUACGGCCGCUGUGCCCCCAUGAAGAGCAUCUCCAGCAGCCUCAAAGAGACCAUGAGCCCGCACGACAUUGUGCAGGACGCCAUCCACAACUUCUCCCCCGCCUACCAGCAGUACACGCAGCAGUCCACGCUGGAGCCCGGGCCCACCCGGCGCGGCGGCACCCACAGCCUCUCCCGGUCCCACAGCCUCAGCGGUGCCCGGGACAACGAGAAGACUCUGUUGCUCAGCUCCGACGAUGAGUUCUAGGUGUGGGCAUGGGUGGGAGAGGAGCGGUGCCUCCCGCAGCCCCCAGCCAGGCUGGGGAGCAGCCAGCGCAGCCCUGAUGUUGCCCUUUUAUUUAUUGGACCAGAAACACUUGCAUAUCACUUCCAGAGGGACAGGCCUCAGGAAUAUGUCUACACGGCCAACCCUGCACUGCUCGGGCCAAGAGCAGAGGACAGUGGCCGUA